ACUCUACGUGUCCUAUACUUCUUGCUUUUAUUUCUUGACGCAUCCAGCGGCCCUGCGAUAAUAUAUCUGGAAUAUGGCCCCUAGUCCUUCUCGCCGGAAAUCCAUCGCGGUCCCUCAACAUGGAAGCUCGUUGCGUCCGUCUCAUAGACGUCGACCCCAUAGUAUCACACCAGGCGACGCGGUGCUGAAACAGCUUAGUCCGGCUGCUAGACGGCGUCGCUCACUCGCUCCGCGCAAAAGCAUUCUCAAGCUCGCAAUUCCCGAUAACACAGAUGACACGGUCUCCCAGGACGAUGCUUCAUCCUCUGCAAACACUAUGUUGUCGCGCAAAAGUCUCAAUCGUCGCAUCAGCUUCGCCGAGGAUGUGACGGUCAUGCUCUUUCGACCCCGCGCUCGCGAGAGACGGAGCUCUAGGCUAGAUCAACAACCGUCACAAGCCGAAGAAGAACCUGACGGAGAAGAGAACGAUGGUCCAUCAACCGAAGAUCAACCACCAGCCCCUGCCCACCAGACAGACGAGAAUGACUACCCAGGUGCAUCAAAGUCUCGUCGUCGGAGCUCUUUACGGCGACGAUCCGCUGCUUUUAGCGAGAACGGGGAGGCAGAUAUGGACAUGGUUUCAGAGUAUGGAGAAGAUGAGGACGAUUACAACGUGACAAUGGACAGCUCUCCGCUUCCUCCCGGCUUCAUGGACGAACAUCCUGAGGAUGAAGAUGAAGGCGACGAGGAAGACAUGGAGCUCGACUCUUCUCCCGUCAAACGAACGACAAUUUCCGGAAGGCGAUCCUCCCUCGCCGCUCGUCCACCCCUCGCCGAAGUGUCUCGCACAGAUGCUCCUGAUGUCCAGCAAGGCGAGCAAGACCAGUCUUACUCCAUGUCUGUCGAUGAUUCCAUGAACUCGAUGGACAUAUCAACUUCCACGGAAGAGCCGAUGGAAUACACAAUGCCACUCAACAAAUCUCUGCGAAAGAGCCACCCUCCGAGCCAGGAGUGGUUACAGCUUCAAGCGAUGACCCACGCCGGUAUACAAGGACCCGAACAGGAGCAAGGCGAGGAGUCUUUCGAUGACCACACCCACAUUAGCGUUCGUUCAGAUGAGGACAUGGACCUAACUGAAGCGCAGACCCGUCUAUAUGCUGCACGACAGUCUCUUGUCGCAGAACAAGCUCUCCCCGAACCUCGGGACGAUACGCUGACUUCCAGCGAAGGCGACUCGGCUGACUUCGGGUUUGAUAAUACAAACGAGACCGUUAAUCUCACGAACGUUUUCAGAGAUAGCAUAGGUGGUAGGACGGACGCCAGCUCCGAGAUGAAUCUCACAGACGUUCAACUCCCUAUUGAUGAUGUCGACGAGCCAGCGAAUGAGCCACCUCCGACCAGUUCACCGUCCCCUGAGCCUCCUCAGGCGGAGUCAUCGUCUUCGGAACAGCGCAAGAGUACACCACCACCUCCCGCACCAAUGCCCCCUAGCGCUCCAGCUCCAAAUUUGUUGUCUCCGUCUAAAAACCCACCACCGACACCUCAAACCAUAUUCCGCUCGAGCGUUUUUUCCGCUCCAUCAGCAUCCACAUCCUCUCGUCCACCACACUCUCCCUUCAAGCCCGUGAGGCCCUCACCUCAACCUGUCUUUGCCAAGCCAGGCCCCGUGUUCUCAGCACCGAAGCCCGCAUCGCCUAGGAAAGGUGGCACCGCUGCAUUCGCCCCUCCCGUGGCCCGGCCUUCUCCCAAGCGACCUCUAUCUGCGGGUGGGACCUCUCAGCUAGAUCAGAGUCUCUAUAAACGCCCGGCCGUCGCUUCAUCUGAUCCCGUUAGUGGUCGCGAGUCCCCCGCAAGAGUCGCCUCUCCGAAGCCUCCGCCUGAAGAGAUCUCGUCCAAUGGGUCUGCCUCAGCGACUCGUCGACCCAGCUCCGCUGGCGCCUUGCGACGCCCGUCAGGCUUCUUCGCUCAAAGGAAGAGUAUGGGCGGUCUCUCCGCCUCACAAUCGCAGAAAUCUGAACCUCCGCAGAAGAAAACAGACGCAGGGCCAGGGCCAGGAGGAGCAAGCGUUGGGGGCGGCACUGAGCUUUAUCCAGACCUCAACGCUGCAUUCGAGCUGAAUACCCAGCAAAAACCCGCUGAGCAGUCAACCUCUCUCGAUGAAGAAGACGUCCAGAUGCCUUUCCGCCAGAUAGUACAGGCAUCGCCGAUGAAAUCUCCUCGCACGCGUUCACCUGCGAGGAGGGUACCGAUACCGCCUACACCGCCUCCUCAGGAUUCUUAUGAGCAGACACAGACGUCGGGUUCGUUUGUAAAUGCAGUGGAGCAGACAGAGCAGUGGAGAAAUGGGUUACCGCUCGAACCUCUGAUGGAGGAAGACGAAGGCCCUCCGAUAUCCAUCGACCAGUUCUUCAGUAUGACUGGGAUCCGUUUCAUGGACGAACUCACGGUUCCUCGACGCUCUACCAUCCAUCCUUCCCAACUCAACCGGCGAACCUCACUGUCCGAAGAGGAGAAUUCCCUCGCAGAAUAUAUUGUCGCUUUGGCAGUUGAUUUACCGCAAUUAGAGCUCCACGCGAGUGUGGCAAAGGACCUUCAGCUGGGUGUGCAACAUAUCAAGGAUAACUACAGGCAGGCUGAGGAAGAGGCGGCGAAGUGUACGCCGGCUCUGUUCAGAGAGUAUCAGGAGGCAGACGAGGAGACGAAGGAGGAGUUGCUGCACCAAUUGAAGGUUAUCAAGGCGAACAACCAUGGGUCUGCCCGGUCACAAUGGUAUGACUGGAGACUUCAAUGGGUGCAGCAACUGACUGCGACUGCCGACGAGGAGUUCAAGUCCCUUGAAGAGGAUGCACGCAAACUUGAAGGUAUCGUCAAGGAAGCUCAGACUGUCCUUCCUUCGCUCCGUGAGGAACACGCGAGGGUUAUGAAAGAGCUCGAGCAAGAGGAGGCCAUUGCGGCCGAGAUCGAGAGUUGUGACCAAGAGUACUUGAACGAGCUGAAGGGCACUAUCGCCGAACAGAGCUCCACUUUAGAAACUUUCCGGGCGGACGUCGGCGAAGUCAAGGCAAAGUACGAUUAUCUCAAAGAGAAACUGGACCAGAUCGAGGCGGAGAAGAAAGAGGCGAAUGACGCUAUCCGGGAAGCCAAGCGGAUAAACCACAUCAGCGAAGGCAAGGUCGCCGCACUACAAGGUGAAUUAGCCGUGCUAGAUGCUCUCGACCUCAUCCAUAUCACCGAGAUCCGUGCCAACCUGUUCGAGUUCGUAUACGAUUCGCGGUUCCGGGUGACGGUCCCCUGCAAAUCCUACCGCACGCUCAUAUCCGAAGCCACUAUAUCCCGCGUGAAAGGCGCCCCGUCGAAGUCCAAAGACCAUUAUCCAGAGUUCACCGAAAUAACGCUCGCCGUUGCCCGGCAGAGGCUCACCGCGCUACCAGCAGGCACCGAUAUGAAGCGGAUCGUCACCUCCCUAGGAGACUUCUGGUCAGGCUGCCACGAACUCCGCAAACAGCUCGUCUUCCUCUCCAUCAAGUACCCACUCACGAUCGAAGCCCUCCCCCGCACAUCCGACGGCCUCCUCUCGGGCAUGAAAGCCACCGCCUCCGUGCUCUUACUCCAAUUGAACGCGAAAGUCUACAUCUCGUAUAUCUUGGACAACGAGACGCUUGCGAGGUGGCCGCGGUCGCUGGAGGACCUGAAGUGGGAGAUCAAGGUGGCGUAUGGGGAUGUUGAUCAAGCAAGUUUUGAAGAGAUAAAGCAGUCGCUGCAAGAGCGCCUCGCACAGGCCACGCAGGACGAUAGCCACGGAUGCUUGCUCGACGCGUGCAUCGCAGCGUCCGAAAAGUACGAAGACGAGGCGCAACAAUGAUCCCGCACUUACUUUAUGCCUCACUGUUCCAUGUCAGCCCCAUACCUAUGACGAUUCCACCUUUGCCCGUAUACCCUCGGUCUCUUGAUUCGUUCUCUGUAUUUCGUUUGGUUUCCCGGUUGCCAGGUCGCUCUGUACCUUAC